ACUUCGGACCACUCUGGUAAAUGCAAGUCUGGCCUCUGCAAUCUGGCGUCUUCCCGCUGGGUGCCGCAUGUUGUUUCAGCGGAAGUCUCGAGUCGACGUUAUUGUUACGUUCUGCCAAGAUGUCGGGCUCUGGCGUUGGUGUCGCACUGUCAAACGCGCGCCUUUCAAUUCGAGAAAAUGCUUAUGAUAAUUGUGGUACCGACGAUAGAAUGGAUGUUGAAUUAGACUCUGGUCACUCUGUAAACGAUCGGGGAGACAUGGAAUCUGGAAAUCGUGCCACUUGUUCCUCAAACGGCAGUGGCGGAGAGGACGAUGAAGCAGAGGCCGUUGAUAGGGAAAGGGAAGCCGGGGGCUCGAGUACACCCCGCUCAGGCGAUGGAGCAAUGUUGGUUGGCGGAAGGGAGCAAGAGGUCACCGUAGAAAUCGGGGAGACCUACCUUUGUCAGCGCGCGGACAAAACAUGGCAUUCUGCUGAAGUCAUCCAGUUCAGACUGAAUGAACAGGAAGGCAGAGAGGAGUUCUACGUCCACUAUGUGGGAUUUAACCGGAGGCUAGAUGAGUGGGUGGGCAAGUCUCGUCUGGCGCUCACAAAGACAGUGAAGGAUGCGGUGAGGAAGAGUGUGGAGGAGUGUGGGGAGCUGGGGGAUCAGCCUGAGAGGAAGAUAACCCGAAACCAGAAACGCAAACACGAUGAGAUCAAUCAUGUCCAGAAGACGUACGCAGAGAUGGACCCCACGACAGCAGCCCUGGAGAAGGAGCACGAGGCGAUCACCAAAGUGAAGUAUGUGGAUAAGAUCCAGAUUGGAAACUUUGAGAUUGAUGCCUGGUACUUCUCGCCGUUCCCAGAGGAUUAUGGGAAGCAGCCCAAGUUGUGGAUCUGCGAGUACUGUCUGAAGUAUAUGAAGUAUGAGAAGACGUUCCGUUACCACCUGACACAGUGCCAGUGGCGACAGCCCCCAGGAAAGGAGAUCUAUCGCAGGAACAACAUCUCUGUAUACGAGGUGGACGGUCGAGACCAUAAGAUCUACUGCCAAAACCUGUGCCUGCUGGCCAAACUGUUCUUGGACCAUAAAACACUAUACUUCGAUGUGGAGCCAUUCAUCUUCUACAUUCUGACCGAGGUCAACAGACAAGGGGCACAUAUAGUGGGAUACUUCUCCAAGGAGAAAGAGUCACCAGAUGGCAAUAAUGUAGCCUGUAUACUUACACUUCCUCCAUACCAGCGGAGGGGAUAUGGAAAAUUCCUUAUAGCUUUCAGCUAUGAGCUGUCCAAGCUGGAGAACACUGUGGGCUCGCCAGAGAAGCCGCUGUCAGAUUUGGGGAAGCUGAGCUACCGGAGUUACUGGUCGUGGGUCCUCUUGGAGAUCUUACGAGACUUCAGGGGAACGUUGUCCAUUAAAGAUCUCAGUCAGAUGACAAGCAUCACACAGAGUGACAUCAUCAGCACCCUGCAGUCUCUGAACAUGGUGAAGUACUGGAAGGGCCAGCAUGUCAUCUGUGUCACCCCCAAACUAGUGGAGGAGCACCUGAAGAGUGCUCAGUACAAGAAACCCCCUAUCACAGUGGACACAGUGUGUCUGAAGUGGGCCCCACCCAAACACAAGCAGGCCAAGUUUUCCAAGAAGUGAGGCCCAUCCGGAGGCACCUUGGCUGUCCCCUUAUAUUUGCCAUGCAUCAGAGGUCUUUCCUAUGGUCCACCGUUCAUAUUCUUAGUGAUAAGAGCAUAUAUUGUUGCACAUUGCGAUCUCGUUUUUUGUUUGUUUCGGUUUUUUUAAGUAAAUGGUUCUACUGUA